GCAAAGCGUCUUCUCUCUCGUUCGCAACCGCCAUGUUGGCUCACACGUUUCGGAGAGUCGUGAAAGCGGCGUCAAAUAAAGCAAUUUAUCCACAGUAUAGUCGACAUUUGCAGAAGAGAAUAGUACCAGGAUGCUUCAAUCUCGAGAAAAGAUUUGUUUCAACAAACAAGAAUGAUGCUGCAAAAGAAGCUGCAAAAGCUGCAGCUGUUAAUAAAGUCACCCCUGGUAGAAUCACAGCAGUAAUUGGUGCUGUUGUUGAUGUGCAGUUUGAUGAUGAGCUUCCACCAAUCCUGAAUGCCUUAGAGGUGCAAGGAAGAUCAACUAGACUGGUUCUAGAAGUAGCACAACAUUUAGGUGAAAACACUGUUCGUACUAUCGCUAUGGAUGGUACAGAAGGAUUGAUUCGUGGCCAAGAGUGUGUUGAUACUGGUGGACCAAUUACCAUUCCUGUUGGCCCCGAAACACUGGGCAGAAUCAUCAACGUCAUCGGAGAGCCUAUUGAUGAACGCGGACCUGUUCCUACUGACUUACGAUCAGCUAUUCACGCCGAAGCACCAGAAUUCGUAGAAAUGAGCACAGAGCAAGAAAUAUUGGUUACUGGUAUUAAGGUUGUUGACCUUUUGGCACCAUAUGCUAAAGGUGGAAAAAUCGGUCUUUUCGGAGGAGCUGGUGUGGGGAAAACCGUGCUCAUUAUGGAGCUGAUUAACAACGUUGCCAAAGCGCAUGGUGGUUAUUCCGUGUUUGCCGGUGUUGGUGAGAGAACGAGAGAAGGAAAUGAUUUGUAUCAUGAAAUGAUCGAGUCUGGUGUUAUUAAUCUUAAAGAUAAAUCCUCGAAGGUAGCGCUUGUAUACGGACAAAUGAACGAGCCACCUGGAGCUCGUGCUCGUGUAGCAUUGACUGGUUUAACCGUUGCUGAAUACUUCCGUGAUCAAGAAGGACAGGAUGUGCUGCUUUUCAUUGAUAAUAUUUUCCGUUUCACUCAAGCUGGUUCCGAGGUGUCAGCUUUGCUGGGUCGUAUUCCAUCAGCUGUAGGCUACCAGCCAACUCUUGCCACUGACAUGGGUACUAUGCAAGAAAGAAUCACGACAACCAGGAAAGGAUCUAUUACGUCCGUACAGGCUAUUUUCGUACCUGCUGACGAUUUAACUGAUCCGGCUCCUGCGACGACGUUCGCCCAUUUGGACGCCACCACCGUCUUAUCUCGUGGUAUUUCAGAGUUAGGUAUCUACCCUGCCGUUGAUCCUCUUGACUCUAGUUCACGUAUCAUGGAUCCUAAUGUUGUCGGUUCAGAACAUUAUAACAUUGCACGUGGAGUCCAGAAAAUCCUGCAGGACUACAAAUCAUUACAAGAUAUCAUCGCAAUUCUGGGUAUGGACGAGUUAUCUGAAGACGAUAAACUAACAGUUUCCAGGGCGAGAAAGAUCGAGAAAUUCUUGUCGCAGCCGUUCCAGGUCGCCGAGGUUUUCACCGGUCAUAUCGGCAAGCUUGUACCCAUCGAGAAAACCAUCGAUAGCUUUAAACAGAUUUUAGAGGGUAAAUACGAUCAUCUUCCCGAAGCCGCAUUCUAUAUGGUUGGUGAUAUUGAUGAUGUCAUCCAAAAAGCUGAUAAACUGGCUGAAGAACUUGCAGCAAAUUAGACUGUUUCUAUUAUAGCGAUUUUAUUUAGUUACGAAAAGUUUCACGUGGUUACCUCGUGUGUUUGAAAAUAAAGAAUAUUUCCUUUUGAUUCA